CAUUUUUGCUAAUUCUUAGCAAAGCACCAGAAGAACCCAAUUUUACCAUCUGCUUCCCAGUGAAGCUAAAUGGAUCCUUCUAUUUCCAUCUCACACUCCCCCACCCCUGCCUCCCCCCACACCCUCCCUCUCUUCCCCAACCACUCAUUCCCGUCCUCCUCACCCUCCCUACCGCCUUCCCCGAGCCUGGCCUCCACCAUCCUCUUCUGCUCGGUGCUCUCCCUCAUGUCCCUCCUGGGCAUCGCGGGGAACGUCUACACCCUAGGCCUCUUGCUGGGCCGGCGCAAAGGGAGGAGACGUAGCCGAAGCAGGUGCUGCGUUGGCUGGCUGUGCCUUUCGCCCUCUUCCCCGUGCUCCCCUUCCUCCUCGCUCUCCCCUUCUUCGUCCUCCUCCUCCUCCUCUUCCUCAUCUCUCUACCUCCAGGUCUUGAGCCUAGCCCUGGCCGACCUCCUCUACCUCUCCACGGUCCCCUUCAUCGUGUACGACAGCCUGGCAGCCGACUGGGCCUUCGGGGAGCUGGGCUGCCGGCUGCUGCUCAGCCUGGACCUGCUCACCAUGCACGCCAGCAUCUUCACCCUCACGGCCAUGAGCCUGGACCGCUACCGGGCCGUCGCGGACCCGCUGACGGCCUCCUCCUCCCCGUCGCCGGGCCUGCUCCGGGUCGCCCUGGCCUGGGGGCUGGCGCUGGCUCUCAGCCUCCCCAUGAUGAUCACCCUCCACCUGGAGGACGGGGGCAACCAGGAGGGCCAGCUGUGCGUGCCGGCCUGGGACGAGCAGAGCUCCAAGGUCUACAUGAGCGUGCUCUUCUGCACCAGCAUCCUCGGCCCGGGACUGGCCAUCGGGGCCUUGUACGCCGCCCUGGGUCGCCUGUAUUGGGUCUCCCAAACCCAGCCUCCAUGGGCAAGCACAAGCAGCACGUAUCCUGCUCGUGCCCCCCGCCCCAAAGUCUUGCUCUUGAUCCUGGGAAUAGUUCUGGCCUUCUGGGCCUGUUUCCUCCCCUUCUGGAUCUGGCAGCUGCUGCCCCUGUACCGGCCGGAGGUGCUGAGGUCCGUCCCCACCAGCACUCAGGUUACCGUCAACAGGGUCCUCACGGGGCUCACAUAUGGGAACUCCUGCGUCAACCCCUUCUUCUACACCCUUCUCACCGGCAAACGCAAGAGCAGUCGCUCCAGGCAGACUCUCACCACAGGCGGUCUCACGUCAGGGGCCCAGCUGUCCCACAAGAGGAAGCCGAUCCACUAGUGCCCAAGAUUGAGGCACAACUUCAAACCAGGUGCUGAUUUGGUGCCAUCGUGUUCCAGCUGCUCAGUUGUUCUAGAAUGUUCUCAUAAUCCCGUGACGGUCUCUCACUGUAGGAACUCAUGGAUGCAAUCUGGACUAAUGCAACUUCUUUGCCAGCAGGUAGACUUUUAGAAUCUGCAUAUAGACUUUUUAAAACUAUAUAUAUUUCUUAAUGUUCCUCUCUGUUCCCCUCUAUGGCACUAUGGCUUGGAUGAACACAGAGACAAUAUGAAAACAGAUAAUUACAGAAAUGCCAUAGUUAUGUCCAGCCUUCCCUCUAUCCCUAACAUCUUGGAUCAGAUUUACAGUUCCUUCUCUGAACUAUGAAAGUACUUAUUUACAUAACUACCCACAAAUGUAGUAAAUAAGACAGAAUACACAUUAAUGAAGACUGUCAUACUAAUGCAACAACUGACCACUUUUACUGUGCCACUACAAGACUGAAAACCCCUUUGGAACAUUACUCAGAUUGUUUACUUCUGAAUGUCCCACCAUAGGACUGAUUUGUCAUUAUUACAUAAAAA